AGCGGCAUGGCCAUAUGGACCCACGCUUGGAAAGCAGGGCUGCUGGAGCUCCUACUACGGGAACGUUGGGUGUGGGUAGUGGCGGAGCUGAGCAGAGAAGUGUUGAGCCUAAUGGUGGAACCAAGAAGCAGCGAAGCGGCGGUGGUUAACAGCGUGGUUAAUGGCAACUCAGAGGUGGCGCCCGGUUGCAUGCAGAGGGUGCGGGUGGUGAAGGCGGAGGCAGGAGGGCUCAUUAUCAGCAUCAAGGGAGGUUGAGAGAAUCGUAUGCCGGUGCUCAUCUCACAUAUCUUCCAGGGGUUGGCGGCAGAACGGAGCGAGGUGCUCCGUCACGGCUACGCCAUCCUCGCCGUUAAUGGUGUUGAUCUCCGGGAUGCUACCCACAAUCAAGCUGUCCAGGUGCUGAAGUGAGCUGGGAGGGAAGUCAUCCUCGAAGGACCUCCGCUGAAGUUCAUGUGGGAGGUGACCCCCUACACCAAGAAGUCCUCACUGGUGUCGGACCUGCCCUGGGAGGGGGCCGCCCUGCAGUCACCCAGCUUGAGUGACAGCAAGGACUCGGGCUCCCCCCAGCACCAGGGCCCCCAUGACUGCAAGGCAAUCCCCCUGAAGGUGUGCUUCACCACUAGGAAUCUCAGCAUGCCUGACCUGGAGAACAGGCUGAUUGUGCUGCACUCGCCGGACCGCCAUAACACCCUGAUCCUGCGCUGCAAGGACACGGAAAUGGCACACUCCUGGUUCACAGCCCUGCACACCAACAUCGUUGCCCUGCUCCCCAAGGUGCUGGCUGAGCUCAACACCAUGCUGAGCACCGGUGGCGCUGCAGCCGGCAGCAGGGAGGUGAAGCACAUUGCCUGGCUGGCCGAGCAGGCGUGUCUGGACAGAGGGCGGCAGCAGUGGCGGCCCAUCCUCAUAGAGGUGACAGAGAAGGACCUGCUGCUAUAUGACGGCAUGCCCUGGACCAGGGACGUCUGGGCCUCCCCUUGCCACAGCUACCCACUGGUGGCUACCAGGCUGGUCCACUCAGGCUCAGGCUACUGCUUGUCCGCUCUGGGCUCAGAGCUCACCUUCGCCACCUGGAUGGGCUCCCACCAGGGUGUGGAGAUGCACAUCUUCCGUGUGGAGACCCACUGGGAUCUCUCAUCCUGGACACAUGUCCUGGUCCAGGGCUGCAACACUACUGGUGAGCUGAUCAAGGAGGUGACUGCAGGCUCAUUGCUGGGCAGGCAGGAGGUGCAGCUCUGCAUCCACUAUGAGGGCAGCUUCACCAUCCAUUGCAAGGAGCCGGACGGCAGAGUCCUCGUCUGCUACCCCUAUAAGAGGCUGAAGAUGUCAGCAGACGAUGGCAUCAGGACUCCCUACCUUGACUUCGGGGGCCCCAAGGGGGAGCUGGUGCUGGACCUGCAUUCCUGCCCCAAGCCCAUUGUCUUUGUCCUGCAUGCCUUCAUCUUGGCCAAAGUCACCCGCAUGGGGCUGCUGGCAUAGGUCAUCCUGGCCUCCACCCACCUUUCCCCAUCAUAAACCAGGAGGAAAGUGGAGGGGCCCCACACACUUCCUGCCCCACCAGUGCCUUGCCGGAGCUGGGACUCACUGCCCCAAGAGCUGCUGGGGCAACAUCAGGGUGGCUGCCUUGGGACGGAGGGUCUGAGUCUCUCCUGCUCCAUGCCAGUGAUCCCAGCUCCCCCUGGUGCUGGUGGGGGCCAGGGCACAGGCAUCAGCUUUAACCCCCCUGGGCCUGGAGCCAUCACUCAUCUCACUGACUGUGCCUUGGAGCACCCCGGUGCUC